AUGGCGUGGUUGGCAACUUGCUCAAGCCUGGUUAUUGUGGGUUUGCUUGCUCUUGCAGUUCAAGUUCUGCACUUCUCUCCGAUUGACCCAAUCAUACUGGAAAGGCCCCCAUUAUCUUCUUUCCCCGUCAACAACCAUUUGCAGAACGUCAUCAAGCUCGGAGAAGGAAUUCUGAAAGAUCCAGAAGAUAUUUGUGUGGACAAACAUGGCACUCUUUAUACGGCAAGCAGAGAUGGUUGGAUCUUGCGAUUACACCGAAAUGGUUCCUGGGAGCACUGGAAGAACAUUCAUAGUCGGACUUUGCUUGGAAUUACUGUCACAAGACAGGGUGAUGUCAUUGUUUGUGAUUCUGACAAGGGGUUGCUUAAAGUUACGGACGAUGGCGUCACGGUUCUUGUUUCUCAGCUGAAUGGUUCUACAUUAAGGUUGGCAGAUGAAGUGGUGGAAGCUUCAGAUGGAAUCUUAUAUUUCAGCGAUGCUAGCACCAAAUUUGAUCUGCACGACUGGUUUCUAGAUCUGCUGGAAGCAAGACCUAAUGGCCGAUUGCUCAAGUACAAUCCUGCCUUAAACGAAACUUCUGUUUUCUUAGAUAAUCUGACUUUUGCCAAUGGAGUUGCACUCUCCAAGGACGAAGACUAUCUCCUGGUCUGUGAAACUUGGAAACAUAGUUGUCUGAGGCACUGGCUAAAAGGAGAGAAGAAAGGCAAGACAGAGACUUUCAUUGAGAAUCUGCCUGGUGGACCUGAUAACAUUCAUCUUGCUCCUGAUGGGUCUUUUUGGGUAGCUUUGAUUCAGGCUACUUCUGAAGAAAUGGGGUUUGUGCACUCUUCAAAGGUAUUAAAGCACUUGGUGGCUUCAUUUCCAAAACUGGGUAAUGUGAUCAGCGGUACAAAUAAGAAGGGAAUGGUGGCGAAUGUGGGAAGCGACGGUAAGAUAAUCAGAAUAUUUGAUGAUAGCGAAGGGAAGGUGAUGACAUUUGUGACUUCGGCAUUGGAGUUUGAGGACCAUCUUUACCUGGGAAGUCUCAAUUCCAACUUCAUUGGGAAAUUACCAUUGCGCAGCGAAACCAAAACUAGCUAGUUACUUAUCAAUGCAAGUUAAGCUUUUGUAUUCUGUAUUGUGAACUCAAUGUCAUGUUGUGUGGGAAGACAACUGAAUCAGCAUAAUUUGUUUUUCGUUUCUGGCC